GACAGGUAGCCGUGAGUGACGCCAACCCGGAGAAUCAACCCUCUAUCUUGCCCACUUCCUGGUCAGAUACUGCAGCUAAUAUCUCUCUUCUUUCGUUAGGGCCAUGAUUCUUUCACAUCAGGCUCGAACAAUUGGAUCUUGAAGCUCGUUGACUUCACCAAAUCGCUGCUGCACGAGCAGUCGCGGGUCCGAAUCAUGGCCGUCUGUUUCGGGCACCAAAUUGUCGGACGCGCAUAUGGAGAAACGGCUGAACGGAACCCUUUGGGCUGGGAAGUCUCUGUUCCUUCAGUCACACUAUCAGAGACGGGUAAGAGAGUCUUUGGCUGCGAUUCCCUGGCGCUUCAUCAGAUGCAUCGCGACGUCGUCCGGCGGUAUCCAGCGUCCGUCAAGAAGCUAGGCCAUUCCGACCGGUGCGAGGUGCAGGGGAUCUACGUCACGAACCGGGUCAUGACUCUGCAGGGACAUCCGGAGUACGAUGCCGCGAUUGCCUGCGAGUUGCUGGAGCGGAGGCGCGGAUCUGUGCUAGAUGAAGCCACAUACCCAGAUGGGAUAGAUCGAGCUCAUCAUCCGCAUGAUGGGGUGCUUGUUGGGACUGCCUUUUUGUGGUUUCUGAUAAAAGAAUGAAGGACGAAGCAGGAGUGUGGGUGUUGACAUUUGUGUGAAGCGGUGGUAUUAUGGUAUUUGGGAGUUUUGGCUUACAGUAAACUAUACCGCUCC